GGAAACCUGACGUUUCCCAGGAAAAUGCUACAUUUAUUCAAUAGAUUGAGUGGGUGGAGCUUAAAAAAAUCACCCAGACAUUUAAAAAUUGCAGAAGGCUUUCAGAUGCUCAGCAAUCUGCAUUUACGAUGGGGAGAGGAGGAAGCUAACAAGAAGGGCCCCCCUCCCACUUUUAUCCCUCUUAGAAGAAUGUGUAAAGCCACUAGAGAUCUUCAAAGAUCUUUACCGCAUGAAAAUGUUGAACAAUAGAAACAAAACUGGAUAUAUUCUUUUCUCUAAUUAAAACAGCCUAUAAUAGCCUAUGUCUUUUGUAAAAUUGGACAACACCAUGGAUCCUUUGUACGUAUCUGCCACAUUUCCAGAUAUUAAUGUCUCCUUUUUGACAAAUGCAACAGACAAUGCAACAGUUAUGGAUUUUUCUGCCUCCUCCAGUAUCCGCUCUGUCUUCAUACCAAUAAUUUACCUUCUGGUUUGUGUUAUUGGACUGAGUGGGAACACUUUGGUCAUCUAUGUGGUUUUGCGUUAUGCCAAAAUGAAGACCGUGACCAACAUUUACAUUCUGAACUUAGCCAUUGCUGAUGUCCUCUUCAUGUUGGGCUUGCCAUUCCUAGCCACCCAAAAUGCUAUCUCCUAUUGGCCCUUUGGAACAUUCACCUGUAGGCUAGUGACUGCUUUUGAUGGCAUUAACCAAUUCACCAGCAUCUUUUGCCUGACUGUCAUGAGCCUGGACCGCUACCUUGCAGUUGUCCAUCCUAUUAAAUCUACCAAGUGGCGCCAGCCAAGAAUAGCCAAAUUGAUCAGCUUGGCCGUCUGGACUUUAUCCUUUUUGGUGGUCCUUCCCAUGAUUAUAUUUGCUGACGUCCAGGAAGAUUUUCACACUUGUAACAUGAGCUGGCCUGAUCCAAUUGAGAUAUGGUCAGCUGUGUUCAUCAUCUAUACAUCGGUGCUGGGCUUCUUUGCUCCGUUGCUGGUGAUAUGCCUCUGCUAUUUGUUGAUUGUCAUCAAAGUGAAAUCCUCUGGGAUCCGAGUUGGCUCUACGAGACGCCGGCGGUCGGAGCGGAAAGUGACCAGAAUGGUGGUCAUCAUAGUUGUGGUCUUUGUUUUCUGCUGGCUUCCCUUCUACAUUGUGAAUAUUGUCAAUCUGAUAUUCAUCUUGCCAGAGGAACCCAUCUUGGUGGGCAUUUUCUCCUUUGUGGUGGUUCUCUCUUAUGCCAACAGCUGUGCCAAUCCCAUCCUUUAUGGAUUUCUUUCGGAAAACUUCAAGCAGAGCUUUCAGAAGGUCCUGUGCCUCCACAAAGGCAAUAGUAUUGAAGAUGGAGACCCCACCGAACUCCGGCAGGAGAAGAGUACCCAUCUGAAGGACAUGAUGCUGCCUCAGAAGAAUGACGACUCCAAUGGGCACAUGCUGACGAGCAAGGUGUAGAAAGUCGGUGACUUCAAGAAAGCUGGAUCUUGAUUGGAAUAGAUGAUGGCAUUUACUGCAAGGGGACUGGGCCAGGAGAAGGUGGUCACCUCACCUUCUAGCUUAAUGUGCAGAUGUUUUCUCUCCCAGUCCUUUGUUGCUGUGUUCACCCUAGAAUUCUGGGUGUUGUGAAAGGCUUCACAAAUAGUAACCAAAAAUAACCUAUUGUUCUCCUUUCAUUCUUGCUCUCUCCUCCUUGAAGGUUUCCACAGGUACAUAGGUUAGGCUAUACUGUACAAAGGAUGGGGACAAUUGUUAUGACUUCCUUAACAAAAGGCCUUCCCUUUCCAAUUUAUUAAAUUGCAGGUGAAGAUUGGAGACUGUGAGGAUGAUCCAUCUCCCCAAUCCAAAAACACGCUACAUUACUACACAAAACCAUGCAACAAAAGUUCAACAAAGGAAUAGGCUUGAUUCUCAAUGGGUGUAAUUGCUAGUUGAGAGCUGGUUAAGGCCAACAGGGUCUUCUUGAAAUAAAUUGGAGACCUUCAAAGUUUGCCCAAGUUUUCCCUUCCUCUGGUUUUCUCCCUCAGUUGUGUGAAUGGAAGAAUUCCCAUAGCUCAAUCACAUUCUUGCAAGGUCUGCUGCCCCACAGAUCUCUGGUAUAGAAGAUAUCAACUGUUGGCAUUUCCAGAAAAAAAAACUCCUGGGACAUGUUUUUACCAAAAGUAUAAUACUUUACUGAAAAUUUACAUUGGCACAGAAGAAGCAAAACCACCUCUGGUUUUCCCAUUUGAAAGUUUACUUAAUUAAACAAUAGAUUCCCUCGCCCUACCCACCAGGUGUUCACAUUGUUCAAUGGUAAUACUUCUUCUUAUUAUGAGAAAAGUCCAUUUCUCCAUCGAUCACCUGCGUUAGUGACCUUGGCAUUCUUGCAGGCUCUCAAAGAUGCCUCGGUUGCCUAGAUACCACCCCUCCCACCUUUGCACUCCAUUCCACAAUCUCUACUCUGUUUUUUGUCAAGUUUUGAGUGAGGGAGAAAAUGAAGGUGAAAAGACAAAUCAGUCUUGACAUAGGGGUGCCAGCAAUGGCUGAGGACCCAGUGGCAAGCAUGGUUGAGGAUGGAAAUAGGGAACAAAAUACUGUUUUGUUAACUUUCCUUGUGCUCCUACUUUCUACUUGCCACAGAGAGCUUGACCUUUAUCAUUCGUUUUUCCUAAAAUCUAACAGCCCCCAUUGAUGGCCUUAUGCAUUUGCAUUAGGCAGCUCACAUUUAAAUAUUGUUCAUUCAAAAUGUUCUUCAAAUGCUGGGAGGUGCAAAAGUUCACUCCAACUUUUCCAAAAUGUACGUCUUCGCGAUUUAACACAAUUCGGGCAGAAGACAAAGCAACCUGCCUAUCUUACAGGUAGUCCUCAGCUUACAGCAAUUCAUUUAGUGACCGUUCAAAGUUACAACAGAACUGAAAAAAGUGACAGGACCGUUGUUUACACUUACAGCUAUUGCAGCAUCUCCUUGGUCAGGUGAUCAAAGUUCAGACACUCGGCAACUGACUCAUGUUUGUGACGGUUGCAGUGUCCCCUGGGGGCAUGUGCGACCUUCUGACCAGCAAAGCCAGAUUCACUGAACGACUGUGUUACUUACUUAACAACUGCAGUGAUUCAAGUAACAACUGUGACCAAAAAAGUCAGAAAUGGGCCAAAACUCACUAAACCACCAUCUCAUGUAGCAACAGAAAAGGUGGCUCAGUUGUGGUUGUAAGUUAAGCACUACCUGUAUAUCUUUGGAGGGGUCUAGUUUUCUUUUACAGGAUGUCUAUUUCCCAUUCAUUAAUCAACACACCUUCCUCCAGUAAUGUCCAUUUGAGGGGCGGGGAAUACAAAGUCAAAAUGACAGCUGUAACCGUGCAUUCAAUGCCUCGUUCUGGGUGGACACCAGAAGUGUCUAUUCCUGAUGCCAGGUUCAGAACUUUUCAGUGUGCCUAGAUUUAUUUUGAAUUCCAGGCCCCAUGAAAUCUAGAAUCCAUAUUUCUUUCUUACUUCUACUUCUGGUUGAAGGGAAGAGCAGAUUUAUGCCUCUUCCCAUCAAAAUGGGCACUAAGACGUACCAAGAAGGAAGAGGAGUUGGGAGGUUUGCUGGCAAUGUUGUGCUAACCACUCAAGAUAUUAUCUAGAUGAGUGUUCCUCAGCCUUGGCAGCCUAAAGAUGUGUGG